AUGCGUGCCUCCUCACUUACUCUCACAUUCGCUCUUGCAACCCUCGCUGCGGCACUCCCCAAGGCCCCAGUCGACCCAGUAUGCUAUAACCUCACGAUCCCCGUCACCAUCUCCGCCGCAAAUCUUAACCUUCUCAUCCCCGAGCCCGCCAACGAAUUGGUCGUCAUUGACUUGACGAACCAGCUCUCCUCGAUCGCGAGUAAUCUCACUGACGAGAUCGAAGGGACGUUUGAGUUGGAAGCCACGUAUGAAAUUGGGGCUACGCUUUGUUUGCCGGCUGGGUGGACUGGAGGUGGGACGCUCCAGUUCUUGAUUCAUGGGAUCUUGUUUGAUAGGACAUAUUGGGAUUUACCGACGAUUGAUGGGGUGGAUUAUUCGUACGUGGACGUUGCUACCGCAGCUGGAUAUGCCACGUUCGCUAUCGACAGAUUGGGUGUCGGUGCGAGUUCGAAGCCCGACCCAAUCAGAGAUGUCCAGCUCUUCGCCGAAAUUGAGACUGUGCACCAACUCACGAACAUGCUACGCUCUGGCAAGCUGACAUCUGAUCUGUGCUCCGGCCCCACCCUCCCCGAUCUCAACUUUGACAAGAUCAUCCACAUCGGCCACUCCUUCGGCAGUCUCAUCACCAACGGCCUCGUCUCUUACUAUCCCACCAUUAGCGACGGCAUCAUCCUCACUGGCUACUCCGUCAACGCAACCUGGCUCCCCAUGACCACCGCCGGCUUCCUCCCCACCAUGGCUACCCUCGACCAGCCCGACCGUUUCUCCGGCUUACCGAACGGGUAUCUCCUCACGAACAACAUAUACAACAACCAACUCUGCUUUUUCAGGGCUCCGGAAUUUGAUCCGGCUGUACUCGCCUACGCCGAAGCACAUAAACAGACUUUUACGAUUGGGGAGUUGAUCACGCUGCCAACUGCAUUCCCACCAACACCUUUCACUGGGCCUGUGUUUGUGGUGACUGGGGAAUUGGACUGGAUCUUCUGUGGAGGGUAUUGCCCCGAUUCUGCUGGGACGCCGUACAGUUCUAUUCCGGCAGGUGUGCAAUCGGUAUUCCCUGUGACGGAUAGCUUCGAGACGUAUCUUCCACCGUCAACGGGACAUGCACUCAACGCUCACUUGACUGCUCCUGAUACCUACGAACACAUGAUCACAUGGGCUGAAGAGCACGGUUUCUGAGACGGCUGAUGAGAAGGACGACAUGACGGACAGUUCGGCGGGUUUUUUAUAACGGGAGU